AUGCCGUCAGACACUUCCAAGCGACCUCUAACAAUCCUUCCAACAUUCACCUCCUCUUCUUCUUCCUCCUCUUCUCGUUCACCCCAUAUUCGCACACCCUCGACAUCCACCUUUAACUCUUCUUCCAAGCGGUCCCCCUUCUCUAUCCCCUUGAAAGUCCCUCGAUCCAUCCUCAAGCUCUUCCUCUUCCUAUCACUAAUAGUGGGCUUAGUAUUCUUAAGUCAAGCAGGUAGAGAAUCAGGUAUAGAGGAAGGUAUAUGGGAUGCAUCAAGUUACAGUGAACGAAGAGGUACUUCACCAGGAGUCAAUCUACGGAAGAUUCAAAAUAAACUCGGACUGAUACCACCUCCUAAAGCCCCUGUCAGAAACAAUAAUAACAAGAAUAUAUUGCUGGAUGAUGAUUUGUAUGAUGAUCCUGAUGAUAGGUCUUCUCAAGAUUCACAGGAUCCAUUUGAAUUAUCGGAUAGUAGAGUGUAUAAACAUCAAGAAGAGGAUGUACCAAAGAAUUAUAUCUCUCCGUCAAAUCAGCAGCCUAAUCUCAAUCGUGAAAGUCCUUCAUCAACUAAGGUGAACCAUCCAGGAAAAUCACGAAGAGUUAUACCAGGUUCAUCACCUGAAAAAUAUACCACUGGUCCUCUACCGACAUUAGAAGAAGCCUGGGAAUUCUUGCAUCCACUACUCAGAGAGGUGAAAGAGAAGUAUCAGGUGAUACCAAGAGAACAUGAAUUGACAGCUCCUAUCUUCCCGCCUUUCUUGACCGAGGACUUAGUCAGCAGGUAUAGACAUCUGCGAGAGGAGUGGGAUGAAGAUAAAGGAGAAUGGAAGUUGGUAAAUGAUAGGAGAUGGUUCUUGGUGACGGUCUGUAGACAGGUUGCUGGUAUGCUAGCAGAUUGGUUCGCAGCUUGGACUGUCCUGGCCGAUUUCCUAGGUCCGGAAUCAUUAGUGUUUUCUUUGAUUGAAGGUGAUUCUGCUGAUGGAAGUGGAGAAAUCAUCUCUCACGCUAUGCGAGCUCACCUGCUAAACAUCGGUGUCCCACCAGAAAACAUCAACAUCAAGACGUUCGCACCGAAAUUCGAUUGGGAGCAGAUACAUCGUAUUGAACAACUAGCCAAAAUGAGGAACGAAGGGAUGCAACCUUUCUACGACACUUUACCUUCUGGCUUGUCGCCCGAUAGACACCCUUGGACCGGAGUGGUCUAUUACAACGAUGUGUACCUCUCCGCGACGCAUUUCUUGGAAUUGAUGCAUCAGCAUUUCAAGCAGGAUGCAGAUAUGACUUGUGGAUGGGAUCACGCUGGUAAAUGGUUCUAUGAUGGUUGGGUUGGAAGAGAUAUGGCGGGUGAUCUGUAUACACCUUUCCCUGUGAAGGAGGAAGAUAAGGAUUUGCCUCAAAAGCUUUUCCCAUCAUCACCUCAGACACUUCGACGAUACGAACGAAUGUUACCUUUCCAGGUGUUCGCGGGAUGGAAUGGAAUAACCGUCCUCAAUCCUCAACCAUUCUAUCCACCAUAUAACGUACGAUUUAGAAGGGGUCAACCUCGGACGGAGAAGUAUUGGGAAUGUCAAGCUUCAGAAUCGAGUUUCAUCUCGUGGGAUUUCUGGAAAUACGGUUUCGGUAGAGUCCAGGUGGUUCCUGGGGUACAUGCGACGUACGGGAAAGAAGAUGCUAUGUUGAGAGGUUGGGUAGAAUGGCCUAAUCCUGGUCCGGGAGGUAAUGCAAAGGAGGAGAUUGACUGGGUCGAUCAACCACCAAACAAAGUUAGGUGUCAUGAUUGGCCAGAUAAGCCAGGUAAAGGAUAUUGGGCAUGGGACACCGUCAGAUGGGUCGAUCCGCCAAAGCUUGAGGUCCCGAAAUAA